GAUAGGAGGGGAGAGGGGCUCUGAAAUCCAGGCUGCAAGCAGGAAGAAGGAAGCACUGGCUGCUGAGAUCUUGCUCCACAAGAUCAAGAACUUGUCUCUCUCGCUCUCUCUCCCUCUCAAGCACCCAGCAGAGGGCCAGGCAGCAUGCAGGAGGGGAGUGGGGAGGUGAUGAAGGAAGGGGUGUUACAGAAGAGGAGCGAGGGUCUGCUGCAACUGUGGAAGAAGAAACAUUGUGUCCUGACCGAUGAAGGUCUCUUUCUGCUGCGUCCCAGGAAAUACCUGGAGCUGUCCCAACACCAGACAGAAGCCAGCGGCAACGGGGCCAAGCAGCUCCGCUUCGACGACAUGAAGACGGUGGACAGCGUGGAGAGGAAGGGGAAGUAUGUGUAUUUCACGGUGGUGAUGACGGACAGGAGGGAGCUGGACUUUAGGUGCCCGCAGGACGCUGGCUGGAACGCCCUGAUCACCCUGGGCAUGGUGCAGUAUCAGAACCGGCGGGCCAUGGAAGCGGUGCAGAGCAGCCGGCAGAAGCUGGCACAACGGGGCAUCGGUGUGGGCAUCUACAACGCGGCGUGAAACUGCCCUGCAGUAACCCCUUGUAGAGGUUCGAGAAUGAGGGUACGCAUAGUGGAAUCUAGCACACAGGAAUGGAAAAUGGAAAUGCAAAAAACUCUGUCCAUUGCAGAUAUCAGAUUAGCUUAUUAGACGCUGGAAUGGUUUAAGCUGUAAACCCAGCAGACUGAAUCGCCAAGAAACAUUCAAUCAAUAUUCUCCAGGACGAAGCAUUUAAUGAAUUCCAUUACUGGGCAGCUUCACGUGGAUGUUUUAACAUUAUUUAUAGCAGACUGUGUUUCUUUACAAAUGCCGGACGGGCCAUUGAUACGCAGUAUGUAAUUAUAAAUUAUUGACUUUUGUUUU